GCCGCCUUGCUUCUGGAUAAACCCUAAAGCUCGUCGGUCAGUCAUCGCCGCCGGUCAACUCCGUCCCUGUCCGCGAAAGAAGAGAGGUCGCUUCUCUCGGUAUGCUCUAUCUUUCUGUUUCUCUUUGGAUUCCUGAACUUCGCAGCGCAUCUGGUAGCUAGUUUUGUAGACUGCAGUCGAGGUCGAAGGUCGAAGUAGUUGCAGGUGGAGGAAGGGGGGCGGGGGCGGCACCGUCGAAUUCCUCGUGACUGGAGUGAAAUGAUAAUAAUGGAAAGAUGAAUGGUGAGAAAUGGGAAUAUGAUAAAAUAGUAUAAGACAUGUGGCGCUGCCAAAUAGGAGUUCACUUCCAAAUAGGAUAAAAAAUUAUACAUAGGCUAGUCGAGCUUCACCUUUGACCCGCUGUAGGAAGAAGUAAACGAAUUCAAAGUUCAUGAUUUUAAAAACUAGUCUUAAAGUUGAUGGGAAAAACUAGAAUUCAGGAAAAGUUUAUGAUUUUAAAGUUCAAAACCCCUAUUUUUUUAUACUCUUUUCGUUCAUUACUAGUUUAUUUUUCUUAUUUUGGUCAAUUUUUGGUACAUGACUAUUCAUUAAAAAAAUUUGUUCAUAUAAUGAAUCUUAAUAUUCACAUCAAAUUCAAUUCUCGCAACUAGAACUAAUCAAGACUAUACUAUUUCUUUAAAUGUUUCAAAUCAUAAAAUAUAUAGUACUUAUUAACCCAAGUGUGGUGAAAUAAUAUUUAUUUUUAUAUGGUAGAGUAGCUCUAAUUAUUCAAAGUCGUAUUAAAUAUGAUGGUAGGGACGGGGUGGGUCUACAAAAAUUAGAGACGAGAAAUUAAGAAUAAUAAUAAUGAAAACAGAAACAUAGAAAUGUGUGAAGCACGUUUCUAAUCAUUUCAAUCAUCUUCAUUUACUAUGUCACUUAUUAUGCAUUGUUCACCUUAAUUUAUGUUAUCAUUUUAUAUAAUAUCAAAUCAAAUCAUAUAAUUUACAUAUGUAUUGAGUUUGUGGCGGGCUUCGAUGAUAAUAAUUAAGCGUGACCAUAAUAAUUACAAAUACUUUUUAAUGUCUUUCUCUCUUAAUAUCUUUGUCCAUUUCAUAAAUUGUCUUCUUCAUCUCAAAAUCUUUAUAAACGUGUCAAAAUUUCAUAGAAAUCGAUAUUUGUAUCUCUUUUUUUUCCUGAUUCUUUUAAUUCAAAUGUCAAAUAAUUAGUAUAACUCUGAUUGGACACGAAUAUGUUUGCGUCAUUUAAUCAAUUUCAUAAUCGUCUCUGAAAUGAUAAUACAAUUGAUAAAUAAUACUUUCGACGUGGAUUAACACAGAAUAUGAUGCUUUUCACUAAAUAAUUUCGUUGACUAAUUAGCACAAUUAAGGUAUGACUAAUCAACCAUUUUCAACCGGGCGUGGGCAUUUCCCCGAAUUUAUUUGGAUUUUGGUAAUUGAUUCUUGCAUCACAAGUAUUAAUAUUUAAUACUAUAAUCUUUUGUUUCUGAUUUUUUAAGUUUUUUUUAAAUAAAAAAUACAAACAACAGUCCAUUACGAUGCUUUAAUUGAUACAGCAAACAUUUGAUUACUAGUAGAGCAUUUUUUAUAUAUAAUAAUUGAAUUUAUUUAUUCCUAAAAUAAUAGUAACAAGCAUUAAUUGAAUAAUCGGCUACUUUCUAAUCAAUUAAUGUUAGACUUUUCUUAUUUCUCAAGUUAAAUCCGAUUUAAUGUGUUUUUCCUAUCCCCUCAUUUUAUGGUCAUAAUUCAAAUCUGUCGAAACUUCUUCUCAUUAAUUUCAAACCUUCAAGUAAUGUACUUACUACAUAUAAAUAAACUAUUAAUAUUAAUAAAUAUUUUAUUGUUGGAUAAUUAAUAAAUAUAAUACUACCACAAACGGAAAUAGCACUCGAAAAUAUUAACCACUGGCUUGAAGAAGAGCUCUCUAUUAACCAACCAAAUAAAAUUUGAUCACUCUUCCAAAAAGGGAAAUAAAAAAUAAAAAAGAAAAUAACAGCCAUUUAUAAAAAAAGGAUUUUUGGCUUUCUUCUUUUUGCGGCCGGUCGCCUCUGCUCUCAAAUUCAUCUCACCAUUAACUCCUCGCACUCUCCGCUCCUCUCUUCUUCGUCUCUCUUCUUCUCUCCCUCACACACACACACACACACACACAAUCCUCAUUUCCAUUUAUAGAUACAAUAUAUACACACACCUCCCUAUUUUCAAGAAACGAAGCUGCUGAAUUUCAACAGAGAUAUCGUCAAUUAUCGAGAAAGAGGGUGAAAGCUUUGAAAUUGGAGAGAAUUUUGGGUUCCCUUUUCGUUCAAUUGAAGAAGGGGUUUGUAUUUUGGUGAAAUUUUUCCAUAUGUAAUGCAUCAGAAGAAAUCUGAAGUACAGAUCGGAACAGAAAGCAGCGGCGUCUCUUCCGAUUUCAACCCCACCCCACCCCUCCCCCCUUCCUCCCUCACUCAGAAACACAAUCCGCCGCCUCCUUCCCCCAAUCCCGCCCUCCAAAUCCUCAUCAACGACGACAAUCAGCACCACGACCAGAAUGACCCUUUUACCCCCAAGCCCACCCCCUUCAAGCGCCCCCAUCUCCAGCAGCACCAAUUCUCCCGCUCCCUCGCCAAGACCCCCACUCUCUCCACCGCCCUCCACCGCUACGGCGUCGACCCACCUCCAAAAUUCAGCCUUUUCCACAACCGCUCUCAGAAGUUCUUGACCCAUUUCCACCACCACCUCCGCCACCUCCGCCGCCGCCUCCGCCUCCACCUCCGCGUCAUCCUCCUCCUCAGCCUCCCCUUCUUCUAUUUCCUCGUAUCCCACCCUUCCCGCUCAUUCAUUCUUGAUUUCCUAUCCGCCUUCGCCUUCUCCGCCGUCCUCCUCUUUUCCCUCAAUUUAGCUGUCCCGAGGCUCCCCACGAUCAGGUUGUUCCUUGCCAAGUCCUUGCCGAUUAAGAUAAACGCCAAGGACAAUGUCAGCCGGCCGCAUUUGCCCGUGUUUUGGUCAAUUGGUUCGAGGCAGAAGGCCGAUAAGAAGGCGAUUUCCGGGUGCUAUGUGCAGGCAUACACCAAUGGGGAUGUCUAUGAGGGUGAUUUUCACAAGGGGAAAUGUAGUGGCAGUGGAGUGUAUUACUAUUACAUGAGUGGGAGGUAUGAAGGUGAUUGGGUUGAUGGAAAAUAUGAUGGCUAUGGGGUGGAGACGUGGGCGAGGGGCAGCCGGUAUAGAGGGCAGUACCGGCAGGGCCUUAGGCAUGGUUUCGGAGUAUAUAGGUUUUACACUGGUGAUGUUUACGCAGGGGAAUGGUCUAGUGGGCAGAGCCAUGGGUGCGGGGUUCAUACCUGCGAGGAUGGUAGCCGAUAUGUAGGCGAGUUUAAGUGGGGUGUUAAACAUGGUCUUGGACACUAUCAUUUCAGGAAUGGAGAUAGAUAUGCUGGGGAAUAUUUUGCAGACAAAAUGCAUGGAUUUGGGUUCUACUAUUUUGCAAACGGCCAUCGUUAUGAGGGUGCCUGGCAUGAGGGGAAGAGGCAGGGGCUUGGAAUGUACACUUUCAGAAGUGGUGAAACUCAGUCGGGCCACUGGCAAAAUGGAAUUCUUGACAUUCCUAGCACACAGACCAAUGUAUAUCCCGUUUCGCCUGUUGCUGUAAAUCACUCUAAAUUGCUCAACGUUGUUCAGGAAGCUCGACGAGCUGCAGAAAAGGCGUAUGAGGUGAGCAAGGUGGACGAAAGAGUGAACAGGGCAGUAACAGCAGCUAACAGGGCAGCUAAUGCAGCAAGAGUAGCAGCUGUCAAAGCUGUGCAAAAGCAAAUGCAUCACAAGAGCAACAGCGAUGACAUCCCGAUUCCCAUCAUGUAAGACUGGCCGCUGGCCACCAACACCCAGCAUAACGGAUGACUUAUAUCAGAAAAAAAUAACAAAAAGAAAAGAUGGAUGGUAAACUGACAACGCCUCCAAUUUAAUAUGUUCCCUCGUUCAAACAUCAUGUGUUUUUCUAAGUGAAACCUGAAUUUCGAGCAGCUCGUUGGCACUGCAGAGAAUGGGAUUGCUCUCCCAUGUUCAUCUAGCUUCUAUUUUUCUCUUUUCAUUUUCUUUUGUUCCUUUUCUUUUUUUCUUUUUGGCUUCUGUAAAGUUCAAAUAGGUAUAUAUAUGAUUGAGGGCUGGUGCAAAGGGAAAACCCUUACUCAAGCAGCCCUGUAUGUGGUGAUGAUGUAACAAAUGAGAAAACUCGAGAGAGAAUGUUGUAAUAUUUCUACUUCGAAGUGUUGGCUUCA